AUGAACACGUUUCUUGGUGACCGAUACCGAACGCUAGAGGCGAUUGAGGAUAUGAAACCAAGCCACAGCAAUCACUCUACUACUAAGAGUCAACCCGUCUCCAGGAGGCUCAACUCUUUCGAAGCUAAAGUGGUUUCCAAACCGAAGAAUUGCGAUCUGUGCUCAAAGGAGAAUCAUCCAGUCCGCUUAUGCCAGCGUUUUCUCCAGAUGUCUGUCGAUGCGCGAACCAACUACAUCAAGAAGAAACAGCUGUGCCUAAAUUGUUUCGCGAGAGGCCACCAGCUACGUGAAUGUACGAGCACUCACAGCUGUUUCACAUGUCGAGCUCGGCAUCAUACGUUGCUCCAUAAAGGCAACCCCAAUUCCAGUGGGUCAACUGCCGGAAAUAGUUCUUCUGCAAGCCCACAAAAUCCAGCUGUACAGAGGGCCGCCAACGCUUCAGAAAAUCUGCCCGGUGUGCAGAAUUAUUUCGCGACCGGUGCCAGAGCGGUUUUACUAGGUACGGCCAUCAUUGACAUUUGCCACUUGGGCACGAACUACAGGGCUCGCGCUCUAAUAGACUCGGGUUCUGGUGCUACGUUUAUUACGGAACGCCUGUUCAAUGUAAUUAAGCUGCCAUUCCGCCUCAUCCAAGCCCAAGUUUUGGGCUUAAAUAAGACCAUUUCCGCUCAGGCGACCAGGCUCUGCCAUUUUUCGAUUCGAGCUCCUAAUAAGCCAGGCCUUCAGCUAGAAACCGCAGCUUACGUUCUGCCUGAAUUGGCCGGAAAGCUACCGUCCUAUCCAAUUCCACGAGAUGCGCUGAUUGAUUUACCUGCUAUCCCCCUGGCAGAUCCCACAUUUCUUGAGAGCUCCCAGAUAGAUGUUCUGAUCGGAGCCGACAUUUUACCAUCCGUUCUGCUGAGCGGCAUGCGCACAAACAUUUGUGGCUCUCUCCUAGGUCAGGAAACUAUUUUUGGCUGGGUGCUUACCGGCCCAGUUUCAAGCACAUCUAGUCAGCAUCGGGUAUCCGCUUUCACGACCCAGAUAACCGAAACGAGUGACAGAGUCUUAGAAAAACUUCUCACAAAGUUUUGGGAGGUGGAGAACAUACCCACUAAAAGGGUAAAGGACUCCGAUUCCUAUUGCGAAAACAAUUUUCUCCAAACGACCACUCGAGACGCAAGCGGGAGAUACGUAGUAUCGUUACCAUUUCGCGAGCCUGAAAAUCUCGGGUCCCAAUUGGGGCACUCGCGAUCCAGUGCCCUAGCUCAGUUUCUUAGAAACGAAAACCGUUUGAAGAGAGACUUUCCAUUAAAAGAGCAGUAUGACUCAGUCAUUCAAGAGUAUUUGGAUCUGGGUCACAUGAGAGAAAUUCCCCUGUCGUACGAUUCUCCAAACUAUUACCUGCCACACCACGCGGUGAUCAAACCCGAGAGCACUACCACCAAACUUCGCGUGGUAUUCAAUGCUUCUAGCCCUUCAUCCAAUGGGACAAGCUUGAACGACAUUCUUCAUGCUGGUGCAGUCCUACAAUCUGAUUUAACCAUUCAGAUAUUGAAGUGGCGUUAUUUCCAGUACGUGUUCAGCGCAGAUAUCACCAAGAUGUACCGUCAAAUCUGGGUCGACCCCAAACAUACGCCGUUCCAGAGAAUCUUAUUCCGGAAUAAAGAAGGAGAAGUAACCGAUUUCGAGUUAAAAACAGUCACCUUUGGUGUGAACUGUGCACCAUUUCUGGCACUCCGCGUACUCCAACAAUUGGCAGACGAUGUAGAAAAGGACUUCCCUACAGCAAGCAACAUUAUUCGUCACUUUAUGUACGUAGACGACGUUCUGGCAGGGACCACUUCCAUACAAGAGGCUCGACUGGCAAUCAGCGAACUUCGCCACGCUUUCAGCAGCGCAAGGUUCCCAUUGAGAAAGUGGACGGCCAACCAGAAGAGCAUACUCGAAGACAUCCCAAACGAGCAUCUACUCCACGAGGACUUUCGCGAUCUUCAUUCCGAAAGCUUUGCCAAAACACUGGGCGUUCGGUGGAAUGCGACCUCGGACGAGUUCUGUUUUGUUCCACCGCCAGUGUCGAUUAAAUCCACUCAUACGAAGAGAGAGGUUCUUUCCCAAAUUGCGAAGCUUUUUGACCCAGCCGAAUGGCUGUCUCCGUUUAUUGUCCGCUCAAAAAUCUUUAUGCAAGAAAUUUGGUUGCAGGAGUUGGGCUGGGAUGAAAAUACCCCCACAGAAAUGGAUCAAAGAUGGCAAGAUUUUUUGCGCAGCUAUUCCGAGCUUGAGCAGAUCCGCAUUCCAAGGUGGGUUGGUUUCCAGCCAGGAGUGAAGGUAGAGCAUCACGGGUUUUGUGAUGCGUCUCAGAAGGCUUAUGGGGCCGCUAUAUACUUGCGGGUGGAAGUAGGCCACAACAUUAUGACACGUCUGCUUACCGCCAAAACCCGAGUCGCCCCUGUUAAAACGGUGUCCCUUCCACGGCUCGAGCUGUGUGGGGCAUUGCUGUUGUCAGAGAUGAUUGCAGCUAUCCUUCCGAAUAUGCCAAUUUCCAAUUCCGACAUUUUCUGCUGGACCGAUUCCACCAUCGUCCUCGCAUGGUUGAGCAAGCCGGCAUGCCACUGGACCACGUUUGUCGCCAACCGGGUGACAAAAAUUACUCAGGUGACGAGCGCUGAGCAUUGGGCGCAUGUGCGAUCUGAGCACAAUUCCGCGGACCUGGCCAGUCGAGGCGUUUCGCUGCGGGAGCUGGUUCAUAGCCAACUCUGGUGGGAAGGACCGGACUGGUUGCAACAGCCAAAGGACAUGUGGCCAACACGGGAGCUAGGACCUCCAGUCACAGACAUAGAGCAGCGUGCUGUGAAGGUCAAUUUCGCCAAGGCCCCAUCCGAAGAUUUUUUGGAACGUUUCUCCGCGUUGGACAAGGCUAGAGUCGCUGCCCCCACAAAGGUUUUGCCAUUAUCCGAAUAG